GACGAUUGAGAUUAGUCAGUGGUGUUCACGUAGUAUCGUUUACGGGUGUUUUACUCUUAGAUUUUCCCUCUAAUGUGAUGACAACGAAAUAUAGAUGAGGAACAACGGGAACCCUCAGCAGGGUAACACAAAGAAGUUCCUGUACAAAGGUCCCCAGCGGGACGACCAAGAUGACUGGAUCUUUUCACCUCGGAAAAAUGAGCAGUCUCCAAGGGCAGAUAGGGAACUGGACAUGGAAAAUGUAUGGAGUAUAAAAAAGAAUGUGUCACUGGGUGGGGCAGGAGCUGGACGUAUGUCUAAUGGAAACACAGAUGGACUUAACCUCAAGGCAAACAAGACAUACUAUUCCAGAUAUGGAGGGGUCAAAGCAAAGGAUGAGUUUGGUUCAUCACAAGUAGGUGCCCUGGGACCUGGACUUAAUCAAACAGAUUCCACAAGUAAUAGUAGGUCCUGGAACUACUCCUCCAAAGGAUUCAGCUACUCUUCCUUUGGUGGACCCAGCCAGCCAGGCAAGAGUGAGGCCAACAGUUCCAACCGACAAAGCCCACAGUACUCAGCUUUUACAACCAAGAGCAAUAGUGACGCAUCCUUAUGGUGACACAUAAGUUCCCCUCUAGUUUAACAUUUAUCAUUGUUAUACACUAAAAGAACAUGUACUAGUUAUCAGUGACAUAUCAUGUUUAGUUUUUCAGUGUCAUACGCCUAUUUUCAUCAAAUUACUUUCAACAUUAAAGAAUUUCUGUCCCAAAUGAUCAAGGAUUUGUAAGAGAUUAAGCUGCGACAGUUUUAUCUGUGUACGUCAUCAUAGAUUUUAUUGUUCUCAUAAUAUUUUGUAUGAGGUUGUCAGCAGUUUUAUAUAUUUUACAAAAAAUCUUAUCAAUUUAUUUCUUUUCCUUUGCUAGAAAAUAUUAUUAAAGCUUUUCAUAAGUUAUCCACCUAACCACUUAUUACAGCACCACACUGUAGGAAAUAUUUUGAAAAGGAACUUUUCUCGUGAACACAAAUUGCUUGAAAAUUUUCAUCAUAAAAAAUUUUAGAAAUGAAAGAGCAGGAUGAGUCUGAUCAGUUGUUAAACAUGUUAGUGAAGCUGAUUUCUUAUUUGAACUUAAAGUGAGGCAGAUCAGUGAUGAAAAUGUAUACAGAUCAGUGAUGAAAAUGUAUACAGAUCAGUGAUGAAAAUGUAUACAGAUCAGUGAUGAAAAUGUAUACUGACAAUGUAAUUGAAAAAUAUAAGUGAAUCUCAUUAAGGAAAUUAGGCUUUCAGUAAUUUCAACAUGUCUGUUAAGUUUUGAUGAUGAUUUGAGUAUAUUAAGACUCAACAUAUACUGAAGUGUUGUUGGAUAUUUAAGGAGAAUUUGAUCUGGUGUUAAAGUGCAUAUUGUAUAUUAUUAGUACCACUAAGUUACUCUAUCAACAUAGAACACUUCCUGGUAAGUAUAUAUUCAGUGAUGUCAGUUGAUUCCCAUAUACUUAUUGGAUUUAUCAGUUCUAAGGAAGAACAAAUUUCUAUGAUUCAGCUGAUACACUGUUUAUUUUUCAGGAAAGCGUAUACAUGUUAAAUCAUUUUAUAUAUUUUUAGUUUCUUUUUGAGAACAAUAUCUGCCUUUGCUUCCACAAAAUGGUUAUAAUGGGGAAAGAGAAAAAUAGUAGUUGAAAUAAAAUGUUUUGGGAAUGACUAAGUAGAGAAAAUGGUUAGAGCAAAAAACUGUACAAUGCAUUGUACAACUUUUUUAUGAGGAAACAGGUGAAUGUCUAGAUAUGUGAGAAUAUUCGCUAAAAUUACAUACAUCAAGUUUUGUUUCUGUUGAGGAGUACAUUUUUUUUUGGUUUGGGUCUUUUACUGAGCUGUUAAAAGCCCAAAGUCUUUUCUUCCUUAGUAGUAUAUACCAUAUUUUCUAGUUUAGAUGCAAAAAACAGAUCUUACAGAUUCCUGAUAACAUUUUAAGCGUUGCUUUUUGUCAAGAGGUUACAGAGUUUUGUUAAAUGGUGCAGCAUGUAUGAUAAAACAUUAUAAAUCAAGGUUGAAUGUUGAGAUUGUUAUAAAUGAUUGUUAAAAAAAGGGUUUAGCAUUGUCAAAACACAUCGAAUUUAUAACUUAUUGUUGGAGUAAUUUCUUAUCAUAGCUUACAGCAUUUUGUUUGAUAGGUGUUUAGUGCAGGUAAAACUUUUACAAUCUUCACACAUAAUUUUGAUAGAUUUUCUUGGAACAAUUUAACACUGAUUCAUGAUUAUUUGACAGCCAAAAACUUAUAUAAGUUUUAUUUAGUUGAAUGGAUAGGAUGCUGCUGUUUUGUUUCUUACUUUAUCAUUUCAAAAACUUCAUUUUACAAAUCUGUAAGUGAAUCUGAAAGAAGAAGAUGUAUAAAUCUUUAAUAAGGAUGAUUAAUUAUCAAAAGAUGGUUAUUUUAUUUUGCAAAUUAUCUGUCAUCAAAUUCCUGUCCUGCAAAAUGUUUUGUGCUUAAGGUAUUAAGGAUUCUCUGACAAGUCUUUCAGAACAAUGCUACCCCAAUGUUGUUACGAUUGCUGGUUUGUUAUUCCAGGUUGUAUGGUGCUAGGUGUUAUCCCCUAAAGUUGUUGACGGGAUUGUUGAUAGCAAAUAUCAAAAUCUAUAUCUAUUCCCAAUUAAUGAAAAUUGAUGUCUGGAGCUGUUAAUCUGUUUCUCUUUCAGGGAAUAACUGAGUUGUGUACGUGUUAUGUUGAGUGGUUUUGUUUGUUUUAUUCAUUUUCAUUAUCAUUAAUGAUAGCCAAUAUUCACACCAAGGUAUCAGUUGUAAAAUUAUAUCUUUGUGUACAUAAGGCUGAUUUUAAGUUUUGAAAAACUGACAAUGUAACAUUUCUAACAAUUUAUUGUGAGCAUGUGUUGUAUUGAAGGAAUAGAUAGUGUAUCUGUAAUAUUUCAGAUGAAAAAUAAUUUCAUCACUUUCAUCGUCAAAGCAAUUUCUCUGUUCAAAAUACCUUUUCUGAGAAAUUGUCUUGUGUUGUUUUGAUGAAUGAUCU